AUGUACGAUGGUAUAUGUCGACGACUGGAUUGCUGGAGGGUCGAGGCAAAGAAGCUAAACACCUUGCAUGUGGAUCUUGAUGCAUAUGCAGCAUCAGAGCCUGUGUUCGAUGAGCUGAAAACUGUGGCUGAUCAGCUCGCACAGAAAUAUAUUGCCAAUCAUGGACUGCGGCAAUCGAGGUCUGGAAACUACUCACAGUGGGACAAGCAAUACGAAAAUGGACUCCUUCUGAAUAAAUACUUCCUAUUGUAUGAGGAGCUCUCAUAUGCGAUGAACUCGGGGGACAUUGGCCAUGUGGAGACAUGCAUCAUUGCAUGGAUCUUGAUAUUCAAAGCUACGGGCAAGCAUAAAUAUGCGACACAAAUGACUGACUUCCUGUAUAACAUCCACUUUACUUACCCAGAAGGGUUGAGGAAGGCAAUUCGGUACCAUAUCCUUAUCAACCCGACUGGGAAGAAGGGUAAAUUCUGGGGCAUUGACUGGUGUGUUGAGCUGAAUAAUCUGUUUACAAAGGUGAUCAAUGGAGGAAAAGGUUCAAACUGUACUGCACACUGUAUUAUCCUUGAAUCACCCCUGGUUCAGAUAUACUGGAACUUGCACAGAACAUUUGAGUGGAACAUGAUACACACAAACGUCACCAGUCGACAUGCAGAGGUAGAUAUGACACAAAUGUUCAAACAGCUGUGUAAAUACAUAGCGGAGCAUUCCCCACACGAACUUGAACUAGGACGACAUAGCAAAUACUCUGUUCCUGACCUGUUCAGCAAGGGCCAGGAACUAUUAGAUAAAAUGGAGGACGGAGCUGAUGUAGAGGGAGUUGAAGAUCAACUUGAAGCAACUUUGGAAGAUCUGGUGGUGGAACUGGGCAUAUAA